AUUCGGGGGAAAACAAAUUCCACAUUUCCACAUAUCCGUUCUUUAAUUGACAAUUUGUUCAUCGCAUCUGAUUUCUCACAAAAUGGACAAAGAACAAGAGGAGAUUCAGUUUAUUGGGUUCUUCAGCAUAUUCAAAGAAUCAUUCAGCCUGGUCUCAACAUGGAAGAAGAUCUUCUUCCAGAUUACAUCCGCCAUGAUCGUCCCCCUCUCCUUCAUUUACCUGGCACAUGUUGAGAUCUCCGACCUAAUUUUCACCAACAUCCUCCGCGACGAAUACAUCAUUGACAGAAUCCAGCGCGGGACCAAGACGUACAACAAGAUCUCCGAUGUUCUCUCCUCCGAAUGGACUGCGUUCUGGCUCUUCAAGAUCGCCUACUUCAUCUUCUUCUUCGUCCUCGCCCUCCUCUCCACCUCUGCUGUGGUCUACACCAUAGCAUCCAUCUACACUGCCAAGGACAUCUGCUUCAAGAAGGUCAUGUCUGUUGUCCCCAAAGUCUGGAAACGCCUCAUGGUCACUUUCCUGUGGAGUUUUGUGAUCCUUUUCGCUUACAACGUCAUGGCCAUGGUGAUUAUGGUUCUCUGGCUGGUCGCAUUGGGGCCUGGAGCGGUCGGGGUGCUCGUUGUUACACUUUUAAUGGUCAUCUACAUGGGGGGCUUUGUCUAUAUCACUGUCAUUUACCACCUCGCGAGUGUGGUGUCUGUGCUAGAGGAUGUACACGGCGUCAAUGCCAUGAUCAAGAGCCAAGAACUGAUCAAGGGUAAAAUGGGUAUUUCUGUGGUCAUUUUCCUGCUUGUGAACAUGGUUUUCUUUGGGAUCCAUACAGGUAACAUUAUCAAACGCCUCUGCAUCUUGCCUGGCACCAAGCUGAUUAAGGGAGAUUCAAUGUUGAAACUUCACCUUGCCCGGCACCAAGCUGAUCUAUCUCUCCAGUUCCAGGGUAACUUCCAUCUUAUCACCCAGUACCAACAUAUGGUAGGGCCUUGUCCUUCUUCUUGUGGGCACGAGGAAUGUCCCACUCUUCGUCAUCGCUCUCAAUCGAGAUGCAAUGACCAUACAGAGUGCUUUGUGGAUGUCGUGAAGGCCCGACAUCAUUCAUGGUGCGUGCUUGCCAAAUUGACACGGGGAACCACACUAACCAUCUGCGGUAGGAAGGGUGAUGGUUGGGGCUUCGAUGUUUUGAAGGGAGCUGGAGUCAUGGGAGCAUGCAGUGGCAGUUGUCCCGUGCCUGGUAGCGCAAAUGGGAACAUGCCCGGGAGGAAUGACAUUCCUCCAGCUUGCUGGAUCACCUGGCCAAAUCCUUGAAUGGCUUGUAGGUUGGCCGACCCGUUCAUGAACUGAGUCAUGCUUAUUGGAAACGUUACUCGUGGCCCGGUGGAUGGUACCAGGAUCGUGAAAAGUGUGGCGAUGGUUGUUUGAUUAAAAAAUAAUUACCCAAAUA